AUGACUGCCAUGAGGCUGCCGCGCCAUGAGAUAGACUUAAAUGCCUAUGCAUCUCCUUCCUCAUUGAAGUGCAAGUUCCGCGAAGAACUGCAUGCCAUCCCUGCGCCCGUGCCAAAGACACACAAUUCAGCUGUUUUUGGUGAUUCCGAUGUUCGCAUCGACACCUUCACCGCUCGACAAAUGCAGAACAAAUUCUACAAAAAAAUGUAA